AUGCCAGAGACUUGCCUUGUCAAGAGCGGAAACGGAUUGAGCAGAGAGAAAAGGAAUGGAGAGUUGUUAUUCUCAGCAGAGAAGAUUUCUUAUUUCUUUGUUUUAAAUGUAUUAAUAUAUUGGGGAGGAUAUUGGAAGGUGAGUGGUUGCUUCGAUUCCGAGAGAAAAGCUCUCACCACCUUUCGGAAGUCUCUCAACGAUUUCUCCAAUCUUCUCUCUUCAUGGGAUGAUGAUGCCUCUGACUGCUGCAAAUGGAGAGGAAUUACCUGCCACAACAUAACUGGGUUUGUUCUUAAACUCGACCUCCAUGCUACUUACAGGGUAGGUGGCAGAAUUGAUCCAGCUCUGGUUCAACUGAAGCAUCUUCAGUUCUUGGACUUGAGCGAUAAUGCUUUUAAUGGCGCACCAAUUCCAGAUUUCCUGGGUUCAAUGAAGGAGUUGAGGCAUUUGAACUUGUCAGAGGCAGGGUUCAGUGGGAGAAUCCCUCAUCAGCUUGGAAACCUCACCAAACUCGUUUCCCUGAAGCUUUCUUCAUCUUCUUUGAGUGCCAAAAACCUUUGGUGGUUGACAAGCCUACCUUCUCUCAAUUACCUCGACAUGUCUUAUGUGAACCUUUCCAUGGCAAGCCAUGAUUGGGUGCACGUAAUGAACAUGUCUCCUUCCCUUGUUGAGCUAAGCUUAAUCGAAUGUGGUCUUUCAUAUAUUUCUCCAACUCUUCCUUCUGUUAAUUUCACAUCUCUCCGUGUCCUCCAUCUCAGUGAGAACAACUUCAAUUCUAGCAUUCCAAACUGGAUAGCUAACAUUAGUAGCCUCGUGUCCUUGGAUCUCUCAUACAACAACUUUCAUGGUGAGGUUCCUCAUCGAUUUUCACAACUUCCUAACUUGGAAGAGUUGUGGUUGGGAUCAACUGAUGAUAACCUGAGGGUUGAUUGGUCAGAGUUCCUUGAAGGCAGCUGGAGGAAGCUGAAGAAACUUGAUCUAUCUUUCAGUCAGCUGCAUGGAGGAAUCCCCAACUCUAUUUGGAAUAUGACAUCACUUGAGUCUCUCUCUUUGUCAUUCAGUGAGAAUAUAACAGGUAGCAUUCCAAGAGCCAUAACUAAGCUUAUCAAUUUAGAGAGCCUGUCUUUGUAUGGAUACAAAAUGCAUGCGGCCAUUCCUGAUUGGUUACAUGAGCUCAAAAAUCUUAAACACCUUUCUCUCCAAGAUUGCAUGCUAACAGGCCCAAUCCCUGCAGCUCAUCUUGGAGGAUUGUCUUCCUUGGAAGAAUUAGAUCUCUCACGGAAUCAGUUGAAUGGAAAUAUCCCUGCAGCUCUUGGAGGAUUGUCUUCCUUGCUAUAUUUAUCUCUCCUUGGGAAUCAGUUGAAUGGGAAUAUCCCUGCUUCUCUUGGAGGAUUGUCUUCCUUGGAAGAAUUAAUUCUGUCGGGGAAUCAGUACAAUGGAAAUAUCCCUGCAGCUCUUGGAGGAUUGUCUUCAUUGGUAUAUUUAGACCUCUCAAUGAAUCAGUUGAAUGGAAAUAUCCCUGCAGCUCUUGGAGGUUUGUCUUCCUUACAAACUUUAUCUCUCGGUGAGAAUCAGUUGAAUGGGACAAUCCCAACAACUUUAGGACAACUUUCUAACUUGUAUUGGCUUGACCUCUCUUACAACUCCUUGACAGGAAACGUGUCUGAAAGUCUUUUUGAAAACCUCAAAAAGUUGAUGUCCUUACAUUUGUCUUCCAAUUCUUUGGUUUUUGUUCCACACUCUGAUUGGGCCCCUCCAUUUCAGCUUUCUUACCUUGACCUAGGAUCAUGUCAUUUAGGUCCUCGAUUUCCUCUCUGGUUACGAACACAAAAAUAUGUAGGAUUAUUGGAUCUCUCUAACACAACCAUCUCUGGCAUCAUCCCCACCUGGUUUUGGGAUCUAACACCCCAACUUCUUAAACUCAAGCUUUCAAAUAACCAGAUUUUUGGCCAAUUGCCCAACCCUUUCAAAAUGCAACCAUGGGCCAUCAUUGAUUUGAGUUUGAAUAAUUUCAGUGGUCCCAUACCCUGCAUAUUGAAUGGAGCCAGAGUACUUGAUCUCUCCAACAAUCAAUUUUCAGCCCCAAUCCCACCCAAUUUUACAUCCACAAUGCAGUAUUUAGAAUACUUUUCUGCCAAAGGUAACCAAAUCAAUGGCACGAUUCCCUCAUUCAUAGAAGGAAUGAAAUCCUUGAUUGUCCUUGACCUUUCUCGAAACAAUAUUGGUGGUAUCAUUCCAUUGAGUUUGGGUAAUUGUGUAGCCCUUGAGGCAGUUGAUUUGAGCAACAACAGGUUAUUAGGAGAAAUACCCAGGUCCCUGGGUCAGUUGCGUCGACUCCGAACAAUGCACUUGAGCAACAAUAGCCUAUCAGGAAAAAUCCUUUUGUCCCUGAAGAAAUCUGCUGGUUUGGAGACUAUUGACCUUGGAUACAACAAUUUCUCAGGUCAUAUUUCCACUUGGAUUAGCAAAAGCUUUCCAACUUUAAGAAUUCUGUGCUUACGAUCCAAUAAGUUUACUGGCAACAUCCCACCACAACUAUUAAACCUAACUUCUCUUCAGCUCCUUGAUGUAGCACAAAAUUGUUUAUCUGGUUCAAUUCCUCAAAGUUUUGAAAAUCUCAUGGCCAUGAAGAAUGAGCAAAAGAUUAACCACGUUCUUUUCCAUGGAGGGAUAGAAUCAUCAUAUUACAAGGAAAACUUGCUUGUGUCAAUGAAGGGGCUAGUGUUUGAAUACACAAGAACAGUUUUACUGGUUACAUGCAUGAACCUUUCAAGAAAUAAUUUGUCUGGAGAGAUUCCUGAAGGAUUCACAGGACUUUUGGGAUUACGUGCUUUAAACUUAUCUGGAAAUCAUUUGACCGGAAAAAUCCCAGAUAAGAUUGGUAAAUUGGCAUUGCUAGAGUCUCUUGAUUUCUCUGAAAAUCAGCUUUCAGGUACAAUUCCUCUGAGCAUGUCAAAUUUAACUUUUCUAAGUUGCUUAAACUUGUCGUUUAAUAACUUGUGGGGGAAAAUCCCAUCUGGAAAUCAGCUCCAGACAUUCCAAGAUCCUUCUAUUUAUAUGGGCAACAUCGGACUUUGUGGACCUCCUCUUCUAGAUAAAUGUGUUAGUGAUGAGACUCCUCCAGGUCCUGGUUACGUUGAAAAAGAUGAAGAAGAGGAUGAAAUGCGUUGGUUUUACUCUGGGUUGGGACCAGGAUUUGCAGUUGGGUUUUGGGCCUUAUGUGGCAUUUUAGUGCUCAAGAGGUCUUGGAGGAUUGUCUAUUACCGCUUCUUUGAUAAGAUGAAAGAUAGACUCUUUUAGUAAUUGUUAUAGGAUGUUAUACUGAAGAAGUUUGAUAGAAAUCGAAGUAAUGUGUAAUGAAUAAUUGUUGUAAUGUUGGAUGCUUCACAAAGGUUGGUUUUUUUUAUUUUUUAUUUUGAGUACUUUUAAUGAGAAUUGUAAUAGAAAGCGUUAGCGAUGAAUUUGGGGAGAGAAUCCGUCAGUAUAGCCCCCUCUAAUGUAUGUAAUAAUUAUCAAUAAAAUUACAAUUGAUGUGCUCCUACAUUUCUUUUAAAAAUUAAAAAUUAAAAAUAAUAAAUAUUCCUAUUUUGUAUAAGCCAGUUGCUCUUCUCAUCAAUUGGGGCACGCCAAUAAGAGAAACUGAUGCGGAUUGCCUGCAAAAGCCUUUCUUACCAAGAUUAACACGAGUAAUGGUCCAGUGCUCAGUCCAAUCAAUUAAUUGGACCGCCCACAACGCUAAUGACAUAUUUCAAUGGCUAGUAUGCAAAUCUUAACCAGAUCAAAUGAUUCUGGUCAUACGAUCAGUCAACUAGAAAAUGGA